GGGCAGGGCAGACAGAAUGAAAGAAGCAGGAAGUGCUUUUCCUUAGCGCGACUGCACAUGACUGUCAGCUGGUUUGCGUCACGUGAGCAGAUCUUUGCGGAAAAGCGACACGAAAAUGGCAGGUUCGAGGUGCUUGAGUCGAGUGCGAUUAAUGAAUUUUGUUGCCUUUUUCUUCGCUCUUGUCGCUACAGGCACCUCCACUGCUCAAGUUCCUGUUUUAAUGUGGUCCAGUGACGGCUUACCGCCACUGGCCUCACCUGCCGCUGGACACAUCACGUCCAACGAUCAGUUAACUGCCUACCUCAGCUCUGCCUUCGGCUCGGGCCCCCACACUGUGCUGUUGUUUCUGCAGGACAAGUUAAGCAAAGACGACUUCACAGUCUAUGGUGGGGUGUAUGGAAACAAGCAGGAUAGUGCCUUUCCUAACCUCGAGACUGCACUGCGGUCCGCUUCCUCGUCAGUGACGCUUCCUGCAUUAGAGUGGUCGGGCUCCUCCGCCAUCCUGACUCUGCUGCAAGACAAGCUUGGUGUCUCACCUCUGCUUGUGGACGCAGACACUCUGUCACAUGUCAGCAUCAACAGAUCUGUCAGCAACCUGCUGUUGAUCAAUCUUCCUUACUGUUCUGGCUUACACAAGUCUUGCAAGGAAGUCCUUCAUGACAAUGAUGAGAUUAUCGGGAAUGUUCUGACUGUCCUGAAAGCCAAAAACGUCCCGUACACUGCAGUAUACACCGGACUCCAGCCAUCACGAGUGAUUUCACAGGCUUCUGAGUCUAACCAGCCUGUAGGCCGGUCUUUGCUCCAAGCAGUCGAACCUGCGGUCAAACCGCCCAUCAUUUUUAAUGGAUCCAGUGGCCCUUGCAUUAUGCUUUGGGCUCAGAAUCUCAGUGUCAGCCUCUCGAGCUCUGCAGCGUGGAUCGACCUGGCUGCACAAACACCUACACUCACUGGAUCCCUGUGUAACAGCAGUAACUCACGGCUUGUCCUGAAUUAUGCCUCAGGCAUUACACUAAGUUUUGCCAUGAGUCAGCGGUUUUAUCGCGUGUCUGCACGGAACUGGUUCACCCUGGACUCUGUGCAGCUGCAGUCUAAUGGUCUAACUGCGUCCUUCAUUGGGAGCCGAAACAUCUACGCCCCUGCAGAGUACUCCUUCCACUGCCAGUCUGUCAACAGCUUCCGAGAUGCUUUGCUCGUGCCGAACAACACCAACCAGAACGCCUCACAGUGGAGGCUCAAUUUCGUCGACUUCCAGAUUCAGGGCUUCGGUUUGGCCAACGGAACGAAUUUCUCCUACGCCAGUGACUGCGCAGGCUUCUUCACUGCAGGGAUUUGGAUGGGGCUGCUGACCUCAUUGCUCAUUUUGCUUAUUUUUGUGUAUGGUCUGCACAUGAUCAUGCAGGUAAACACUAUGGAUCGAUUCGACGACCCCAAAGGCCCGUCGAUUUCAGUGCCUCAGUCAGAGUGAAAUCCUCCUAAACAUGCAAACUCUUCAGUCCUUCAGUGCCUCUCUUCAGUGCAGAUCGUGGACCCAGGAAAGUCCCUCCUUGUCUCGUAGCUUUUGUUUGUUUGGGCUUUUUUUCUUGGAAGGCGUUUGAUCGGCAGAUGGACCUUCUCCCUCAAAUUCUCUCCUUAAGUUUUCUCCCCUGCAUCCCUUCCACAGCUGUCUUUGGGUGACCAUUCCUGUCGCACUCCAUUUCUCAUUUUUAAAUGCCAAAAAUGGAUGCACCUUCAUACGAGGUGAUUUUGAGUGCAUGUGCUAAAAGAUGUUUUUGUGCCUCUGUUGGCCAGACACUGUGGUCAUUGUCCCAAAAAUAAUUUGCAAUAAUUUCUCUUGCCAGAGAAUGCCGUCUGUGCCAACGUGAAUGUGUUUGCUGGAUGUUGUAGGGCCGUUUUGGACCUCAGUUUGUAAUUUUUUUUCCAUCUUUACUGUAAUUUAAAUACUACUGGUUAUGAAUAUUUGUCGGUAUGCAAGGACUAAUUUGCUGAUUGUGACUGUGUUCUGAAAUGUUGCUGGAAAUUGCCUUACAGAAGUGUGUCAGUACCUUUCCUUGUGUUUAGUUUUGAUCUCUCUGCUCACAGACUAAUCCCACACAAGUGCCAUUGAAUCUGUAAGUAAUUUAUUGAUCUUAUAUAUAAGUUCUUUCUCUUCUUAAAUACCCUUGAAGUUUACUGCUCGCUUCAGGUUCUGACAGCCUCAGUUUUAUUUAGUCAGAUUUGUUGUGUGCAGUUGCCAUGAUGUGUACAUUGCCUUUAUUUGAAAAUAAAGAUGUCUGUAAAUUGUGA